AUGAUGUGCAAAAACUCGAAUACUAAAGAAAACGACAAACCUAAAUAUUUACUAGAAACUCCAGUUGAUUUGAAAAGAAAAACCCCUCUUCUAGAGAUCCCUAAAGAAUUUCAGAAGAAACCUAAAUUGUAUAAAAACAAUAACAAUGGUGGGACUGAAAUGAUAAACACGUCAAUACAAACUGGUGAAUGUCAGAAUUACUGUCAAAAUACUGUCAAACAUUGCCAUCAUUGCUGUCAUCACGGAUGCGAAGAUACUGUUAAAGUGAUAGAAUCAAAACAUUGUUCUAGUGAUCAAUUAAAAAAGAGAUCCUGUGGUGGUAGACUAUCAAAAUCGUGUGUCACCGAACAGCCAAAACCCUGUUCGACUGGACUGUCCAAAAUCUAUGUAAAUGAACUGUCAGAUUGUGUGGAUGUACUGUCAAAAUCUUGCGGCCUAGUUUCCACGUCUUGCACCAAUAACCCAAGUCCUUGUGCGGGGGACCUGUCAAAAUCCUGUGGCAGUGGACUGUCAAAAUCCUGUGCCAGUGGUGAACUGUCAAAUCAGUGUGGUGGGGAACUGUCAAAAGCCUGCGGCUGUCAGAGUCAAGCUGUCAAAGUGAUUUUCGCGCCAGCCAUGAUGCCGUCAAUGUUUCCGAUGCCGGGUGUGCCGUACCUGAUGAAGCCUACAAUAAAAUGCAACGAAAAGGUU